CAACCCAAGGACUGCAUGUUCGGCGCUUGAGCCGACGGGCGAUGGGAUAUAUCCACGGCUGAUCACUCCUCUCGAGGACAUCCCUUUCUCUUCCACUGUUCUUAGCUUCUGAGCGACCGGAGACCCCAGCGUGCUUCGCGACACCUAGGACUUCUUCUAAGGCUUCUAGGAUAAGGACUACUGUCAAGAUGGCAGGCUCAAUCUGGUAUACGUUGGGUAUAAGUGUCUUUGCCGCGAUAGGCACCUUCCUCUUUGGUUUCGAUACUGGCAUUGCCACGACAACCAUUGCACACGCCAGCUUUACUGACUACAUGCACCAUCCCAACAAAGGCUUGACUGGCGCGGUCGUAUCCGUAUAUAUCGCCGGCGAGGCUGUGGGAGCUCUCACCCAGACCUUCAUCGGCGAUAAACUCGGCCGCAUCCGAUUCAUGCAGCUCAUGUGCGUGGUCGUCACCAUCGGCACUGUGAUACAGACAGCGGCCGUCAACAUGGGCAUGUUCCUUGCUGGUCGUGUGUUGGCUGGAUUCUCUGUUGGCGGCCUCGUCGCCACAGUUCCCAUCUACCUCAGCGAGAUCUCUGCUCCUGCAAACCGAGGCCUCAUCGGCGGCAUCUCCGGUUGCGGUAUCUCACUGGGAACAAUGGUGUCCAAUUGGGUAGGGUUCAGCUGCAGUUAUGCGCCCUACGGUACGACGCAAUGGCGCCUGCCACUCGGUGUUCAGAUCCCUUGGGGUAUCAUCCUUUUCAUCGGCCUAGCGACAUUCAUGCCCAAUUCUCCGCGACAGUUGAUUCGCAAUGGCAAGAUCGAAGAGGCACGUCUGCAGUUUAUUCGCAUUCGUCGCGAUCUCUCGAGUCAUGAAGUCCACGAAGAGUUCGCCCUCAUGCGUGGCCAGAUCGAGUUCGAGAUGCACAGAGAGAUCAAGUCCCUUGCCGAAGUCUUCAAGUUGUUCCGGCACAGAGCGCUGGUGUCGAUUGGCGUACAGACUAUGACGAGCUUGACUGGCGUGAAUGUCAUACAGUAUUACCAGACCAUUCUCUUCAAGUCUUUGGGAAUCAGCAGCCACAUGAUCCUCGCUCUGGCCGCCGUUUACGGAACACUUGCCUUUCUAUCGAAUGUGCUCACCACGAGAUUCCUUGCUGACCAGUGGGGUCGUCGUAAGAUGAUCCUGGCUGGAUUGACGGGCAUUAUCAUCAUCGAGAUCUAUGCGUCUGUCAUGCAGCUUGAGUUCCAGAACACGGAGAAUAAAGUCGGCAAGGGGUUCGCGGUGCUGGGUAUCUAUCUGUUUGUCGUGACAUACUAUGGCAUGUUGAACAGUACGACCUGGCUUUAUGGAGCAGAGGUGUUGCCUAUUGCUUUGCGCUCAAAGGUCAUGGGUCUGGCCGCUGCGUCGCAUUUUAUCGUGAACGUCGGAAUCACCGAAGCUGGUCCUUCAGCUUUCGCAACGAUCAAACAGAAUUACUACUACGUCUUCGUGGGGUGCUCGACGUUCUUCCUCGUCAUGGCAUACCUGUAUUUCCCAGAGACAAAGCAGAAGACAUUAGAGGAGAUUGCGGCCGCGUUCGGCGACAAGGUCGUGUUGCUGGACGAAAACGAGGUUGUAGUCGAGGGGGCUGCUAUGCAAGAUAAAGUCGAUGCUGUGCAGGUUGAGAGUGCGCCCACUGUGAAGGUUCAGCACACUUGAGCCUGGAGGUCGUUUGUCAGGAGGAACGGAUGCAUAAGAGGGUCGUGGUGGCGUGCGAUGAUUGAAUGUCCACAUGGUAUGCAAUGUGUCUUGCGUAUGGGAGUAAACCCCUGCUAC